AUGGCAAUGAAAGCGGACGAACUGAAGCAGAAGGGGAAUGCGUGCUUCCAAGCUGGCGACUUCUCUGGGGCAGAAAAGUUUUAUACUCAAGCUAUAAUUCGCGACAGCACCAAUGCUGCGUUCUUCACCAACCGCGCUCUUGCCAGGCUCAAAAUGGAGAUGUUCGAAGAAGUCAUUAAUGACUGUCUUAAAGCCAUUGAGCUCUCCCCCUCAAACAUGAAAGCAUAUAGCUAUCUCGGGCAAGCUCAACUUGCGCUCAAUCACCCCAGCGAGGCCCUCCACUCCUCUAUGACCGCCUACGAGCUCGCAAUUACGCAGCGCUCCCCUUCUGUCGCAUCAAUUGCAGCAGCCUGUCUCGAGGCCAAAAAAAAGCGUUGGGAGCAGCGUGAAGAGAAACGUAGGGAGAGAGAAUGCCAGCUGAUGCGGAAGAUGACGGAUAUCAUUGAGCGCGAUGCUGAUAGGGCAGUCGACGAGCUGUUGAAAAGGGGUAGGACAAAUGGAAACAUGACCAUUUCCGAGCAAGAAGAGGAAAUUAGGCACGAGGCGAAGGAAAGAGUCAGAACUUUAGAGGACGUGUUCGGGAAGGCAGAGGCCGUAAGGUGUGCCAGAAGGGAGGUUCCGGAUUAUCUCAUCGACAAUAUCACUUUCUCCAUCAUGUUGGAUCCAGUUAUCACGAAGAAUGGGCAUUCUUACGACCGUGCAACGCUUCUAGAUCAUUUGAAGCGCUCGCAAACUGACCCGCUGACCAGGGAGCCUUUGAGUGAGAAAGAUCUCGUCCCGAAUUACGCACUGAAGGCGGCCAGUGAUCUAUUUUUGAAAGAGAACGGAUGGGCGGUUGAUUGGUGA